GCGAGUCUCUGUGGUUCCGGAAGACGUGGCGCCAGCUUUGCUAGCUAGUUGGUUGUGUACUGUGGCUGAGAACUUCAUCUGUAACUUGAUAAUAGUUUUAUUUCUGUGAUUUGCCUAUCCAUCGCGUCCAAUAUGAUUUCCCUCACAGAUUCGCAAAAAAUUGGAAUGGGGCUCACGGGGUUCGGUGUGUUCUUCCUCUUCUUUGGCAUGAUGCUGUUCUUUGAUAAAGCUCUUCUUGCCAUUGGAAACAUCCUGUUUGUCGCAGGGCUGUCUUUCGUCAUCGGCUGGGAAAGGACCUUCAGAUUCUUCUUCCAGAAACACAAAAUAAAAGCCACAAGCUUCUUUCUCGGGGGCGUGUUAGUGGUUCUGAUUGGCUGGCCAAUCAUUGGAGUUGUGUUAGAGAUCUAUGGUUUCUUCCUCUUAUUCAGGGGCUUCUUCCCAGUGGCUGUAGGCUUCAUCAGGCGGGUGCCUGUCCUCGGAUCCAUACUAAAUUUACCAGGAAUUAGUACUUUGGUGGACAAAGUGGGAGAGAGCAACACUAUGGUAUAACACAGUCUCUUUUUAUGUAUAAAGUAAAUUAUGAUGUAACUGAUCCUCGUAGCUAUAGCCAAGUGCUGCUAGGGUAGGAAAAUGCCAAAACUCUCAGUCCAGGAGGGGAGAAGGCAUUUUUCAUAAAACACUUUGCAAUGUCUUCAAGGAGAUUCCACCAUUGAAUGAAAUUGGAUCAUAAUCUUACUGCCAGUGGACAUUGUUAAAAAAGGAGUCGGUUUGUAAUGGCGGAUGGCAAUUGUCUUUUGUACACUAAAAUGGGACUGCUGGGACCAAGCGCUAGGCUAGGCUGGAACAGAGGAGGGUGGGAGGGAGCUGUGACCGCCAUUCCAACCAAUAGACAAGUUACUGAGACAGCGUUUGUAGAUGCCUGUUACCGACAAGACAUGUUACUGGAUUUGCAAUUAUUAUUAUUAUUUUAAUUUUUUUAUCCUGCUUGUGACCACUGUUAAAAAUAAUUCCUUUGUUGACAUUUUUCAAACAUUUUCUAUUUAAAUACAUGACAAAAGCUCUGUCGGAGAGAACUGUUUUACUUGAUGUAACUUUUGUAAAGUUCCUGUUUGGAAUAAAGUGCAUUAUUUCCUUUGUA